UAUAACGUCAAAUAACGCGUCCAACCAAUUAGACGCUCCGCUUUACCCUCCGCUUAAAGCCUCUCGCGAAUGGAAGUUCUGUCGGAUGUUCAAAUAUUGAUGAAGCAGUUGGAUGUCCAGUCUAUCUCCCACAAGAGCUCGACGCUGCAUCCCUCGUGCGCUUAUAACUGGAUUAAUUAACAUCGUUCCAUCUUAUGUUUCAUGUAGAAGAGUUGCGAUCUGAAAGCGCUUUGCUGUUCUCGUAUCACUUCCUCACUGCCUGAAAGAGAUGGCCAUCAACACGGACGCCAGUUUGGAGACAGGUAUCCUGGGCGAGAGCGGAGCGCCACAGCCGGGCGAUUUUGGAGACACUCAGAAACUUCUUGGCGUCACAGCCACGGAGUCAAAAGAUGGACUCGGUACUUCUGGGUCUCGGAGGGGCAGCGUGAGGUCCCUAAACGCGGAGCAGAAUGGACGGAGGUCACCGUUUAAAUCCGGAUCUACGGGAAACAUCACUGUCCGAGCUCCAUCUCCGCUCAGUCUGAGCCGCGUGUCCUCCCCAGCGCUGACCCCAAACGCGCCCGAACCGCAGAGCUUCAUGUGGCUGGCAGUGCUGUCCUGCUUCUGUCCGGCCAUUCCCUUCAACAUGCUCGCGCUCUACUUUGCGCAUGCGUCACGCUCCAUGAUCCAGACAAAUGACUUUGAGGGAGCAAAAAGACUGGGACGGCGCUCGCUGCUUUUCAGUAUUAUAGCCAUGCUGUUGGGUCUGGGUGUGAUUCUUUAUCUGGCCAUCACAGAGAGCUGAUAUUCUGUAGUGUAGAACAUCUUUAUAUCAUGGAGGAUCUAAUGGGCACAGUCUUCUGAGGAGAAACGAUUGUCCUCAAGAGCUUAAAGGAAAGGAAUCAAAUAACAUGCAGUAAAAAAUGAAAACAUCAUGCAUCAAAUCAUAUUGUGGACAGUGCACACCAUUCAUUAUUAAUAUGGAUUUCCCAUGCAUGGUCUGCUCCGUUUAUACUCUCUGAGGCAGCAGAGGAGCUCUUCUUCAGGAGUUUCUGGGUGGGAGUAAUCCAUCGUCCACGAUCACUGACCAUCAGUGUUAUGAGACACUCAUACGGUGAAGUAAAUUUGAAAUGAAAUUUGCCAAUCAAGUUCAAAAUUAGCUAAGAUAAAUCAUUUUGCACAAGUGCUCAACUAAGUCGAAGCAAAAAAUUAUUAGUGUAAAAAACGAUUAGUAUUUGUGGACUUUAUAUGUGAGCGUUUUACUUCCCUUUAUGGUUUUAUCCUUUAUAUUUUAUAUUUUAUUUCACUCUUUUAUAUCUACUUCUGCAUGUUGCAAUAAACUGAAAAGAACUGCAAAAAUGAGAAACAAGACAAAUAAUUCUGUGGACUAUUUUUCUUAAAACUGUAGUCUUUUUGGAAGAAAAAGAUGCUUAUGAAAACUGUCAAGGGAAAGAUUUUUUUCCUGGCAUUGUAUAUUCUGUAUUGUAUAUGUCCUGUAUGUUUGUCCACAUUUAUGCACAGAAGGAACAGUUGGGAACUGCAGUGUUAAUGAAAUGAAUUAUUUGAUUCUUCUGAAGCUGUAGUGCAGUGGUAAAACUGAAGGGUCUGUGAGAUUACUACUAUUUAUUUACAUAUUCUACGAACACAAAUAAUUAUCAUAAUAAUAUAUGAUUAUCUAUCUUUUAUUUAUUUAAUUAAUUU